GCGCUCCGCUGGAGCGGCUGGGGCAUGAGACAGGGAGCAGCGAGUCGUGCCUGGGUCCUAAGGCAUCACGAGAAGGUGGCACUCGCCGGCAGGUGCAGGGGAGGAGCUGGAGCUAGGGCGGCGACCAUCCGGAGCUUCGGGCUGGCAGGAGACCCCCUCUGUGCUUUGCCGGGCCCUUUGGUGUGUGUAAAUGUGUGCGAGACGACGCGAGAUGUUGGGCGGCCUGGGAGUCCCUCACUGGCCGGGCGUGUGGUUGUAUUUCUGCCUGUGUGUGAUUCUGCGUGCUGAUGGGUGUGAGGUGAUUCGUAUUGAAGCUGCAUGGUAAUGACAUUUUAUAACUGUAUGGGAUUGUCUGACAGAGUAAGGGCGCUCUGCUGUUGUGGUUUGUUUUGUGUUCAUAAUUCAGUGUGGUUUCGUGACUGGUGAUGGUUUGUGUUAUAUAAAUGUGUUCUUCUCGUGCCUGUAUUUCAGCGUCUGUAGAAGUUCCAAUAGCAAAACGGCAUGCGUGUGACUGAAAAAAAACGAUGGAUGGUCAAGUUUUUUUCCUUGGAUACUAAUUUGAUGAUCUGGGAAAGGUUACCGAUUUAUCUGGCAAAUUUACACAUGAUUUUUCUAUUGGAUCAAAUACAUGUAUUAUGGAGAAGUAUGUAAAAUCGACAUAGUUUUGUUUGUGUGUUUUUAAGAAAGAUGAUUUCAAAGCCAGUCCCAAAGUAACUGCUUUUUCCUCUGCCACAGCUCUCCCCCAAAGUAGGCAUCCAUUCUUUUCUGCUGUUAGGGAGACAUUAUUGGGAAAGGUUGAAAGGCUAUCGACUAAUAAAUUAAUAAAAUAACUUUAUACGUAAGAAGAGUGAAUUUUAGUAGAGUCCAGCAUUAGUCAGAUUUCCUGAAUUCUAAGUCAAACCCUUGUCCCCAUUUUCUGAUGAGCAAACCUUGACUCACAGAGAGAAAGGAACUUAAGGCUCUCUGGUUUGUCGAUAAGCCUGACCUUGUCUUCCUUUAAGACCUCAUGUUCUUUUUUUUCCCAAAUAAUCACAGACGUUUGAACUUCCAGGACAGAGGAGACAGAGUUGUAAUUACACCACUCCUACAGGGGGAAGAAAAUUAAUAAAACUUGUUUUGACAUUCAGGACCAUAUACCAAAUACUUUGAUCUCUUCCCAGUGAUGUGACUGGAGUAGCAAGUUUGGUGACCAGGAUUGUUGAGGGAAGGAAGCUGUGUGCCUGAUCCAGUAUAGCUGUGUGAAAUAAAGAUGGUCAGAUUGCACUGACAUAGAGUGGGUCAAAGUGUCCAAGUGGAGCAGGAAUUUUGUUGGAGUGUACAUGAGAGAUGUAGAUUGGUUUUUUUAAGAGGUGACACAUUCUGGUUUCAAGUUAGACAGCAUGCAUUGAUCUUAAGCCAUAUCUGUUUGAUUCUGGAUUAUCUCUUUUGGCUCUUGAGUCAUUGUGAUGACUGCUUGCAAGAGUUUAAAAGUGGAAAACGGGAAUUGUUAACCUGAGAUGAAUAGAUUCCAUGGGAUGGGCUUCUUGUUAUAGUCAUAUGUGUGGAUAUAAUGUGAAUGUAUUUUUAGUGGUCUUAACAAUGUUGGGUUAAAGUACUUCUUUGUGAAUCUGAUAAAACUGCCUAUACUUUCUUUAAAAUCGGUCUCUUUUUUUUCUUUACAAGGAAAACAUGUUACUCAUGCAUUUAAAUUUUAAUUUUAAAAUUCAAAAGAAAACGGAGACGUUGAAGAUUUUGGAGGAAGACAGUGAGCCAAGGGACCUAGAUGCUUUGGAAGGAGGCAAAAUCCAGAAAGCAUGCCCCUUAGGAAGACUGCAGAGAGAAAGGAAUACUUGGGCAAUAAUCGUUCAUAGGUGUCAGGUGCCUUGUUUGCCUAUGAACUGGCUGUGUCAGAUUUAUGUCCUUAUGACCCAUUUUGACCUUGCAGACUUCUAAGAAUUAGUUAUCUCUUCAGCCCGGCAACUGGACUCGCCCCCGUGGUUGUGGCUCCCCAUGAACAGCACCGCUUGGCCAUUUCCAGAUUCUACUCUCUCCCAGGAAGAAGAAGAAAUGACCAAGUCCCAAGAAACAGUAACAUUCAAGGAUGUGGCUAUUGAUUUUACUCAGGAGGAAUGGCAACAACUGAAACCUGCUCAGAGGAAUUUGUACAGGGAUGUGAUGCUGGAGAACUAUAGCAACCUAUUAAUAGUAGGCUAUCAAUUCACCAAACCAGACAUCAUUUUCAAGUUGGAGCAGGAAGAAGAGCCAUGGGCUGUAGAGGAAGGAAUGUUAAGAAGACGUUCAGACUGGGAAGUUGGUGAGCAAAUGGAAACAGAACAUCAAAGAUUUGUGAAAGGAGUUGCAACCAUACUUAAGAAAACCUUGACUAAGGAGAAAGGCAGUGAAGUUAAAAAAGUUGGAAAAAUGUCUCCUGUGAACUCAGACAUUAAUUAUACAAGGAAAUGCCUCUGUAAAUGUGACUCUUUAGGAAAGAGUGUGAAACAUAAUUUAGACUUACUUAAUCAUGGGAGAACCUGUGUCACAAAGAAACAUCAUGAAUGUAAUAAGCCGGGAAAACCCUGCCAUAGGUCAUCCACUAUUGCAGUAGCCCCUUUUAAGUGUGCUCAGUGUGGAAAAGGCUUCAUUCAGGAGUUGGAUCUCAUCAGACAUCUCAGAGUUCAUACUGCAGAGAAACCUUAUGAAUGUUAUGAAUGUGGAAAAGCCUUUAGCCGGAAGGAAAACCUCAGUUCACAUCAGAAAAUUCAUACAGGAGAGAAACCUUAUGAAUGUAAGGACUGUGGAAAAGCUUUCAUUCACAUGUCAAACCUAGUUAGACACUAUCGAACUCAUACAGGAGAAAAACCCUAUGCAUGUAAGGCAUGCUGGAAAGCUUUCAGCCAGAAAUCAAAUCUCAUUGAACAUGAGAAAAUUCAUACUGGAGAGAAACCCUAUGAAUGUAAUGAAUGUGGAAAAACAUUCAGCCAGAAGCGAAACCUUAUUGAGCAUGAGAAAAUUCACACUGGAGAGAAGCCACAUGAAUGUAAUGAAUGUGGGAAAGCCUUCUCUCGAAUCUCAUCUCUUACUCUACAUAAAAGAAGUCACACAGGGGAGAAACCCUAUAAAUGUAAUAUAUGUGGAAAAGCCUUCUCUCAGUGCUCAGUAUUUAUUAUACAUAUGAGAAGUCACACAGGUGAGAAACCUUAUGAAUGUAAUGAAUGUGGGAAAGCCUUCUCCCGAAGAUCAUCUCUUACUGUACAUAUGAGAAAUCAUACAGGUGAAAAACCUUAUGAAUGUAAUGAUUGUGGAAAAGCCUUCAGCCAAAAGGAAAACCUCAUUACACAUAAGAAAAUUCAUACUGGAGAGAGACCUUUUGAAUGUAGUGAAUGUGGAAAAGCUUUUAUUCAGAUGUCAAACCUUAUCAGACACCAGAGAAUUCAUACUGGAGAGAAACCUUAUACAUGUAAGCAGUGUGGGAAGGCAUUUAGUCACAAAUCAAAUCUCACUGAGCAUGAAAAAAUUCAUACUAGAGAGAAACCUUAUGAAUGUACUAAGUGUGAAAAAGCCUUCAGACAUAAGCAAAAUCUCAGUGAGCAUCAGAAAAUUCACACUGGAGAGAAACCUUAUGAAUGUAAUGAAUGUGGUAAAGCCUUCUCUCGAAUCUCCUCUCUUACUCUUCAUCUGAGACGUCACACAGGGGAGAAACCUUAUGAAUGUGGUGAAUGUGGGAAAGCGUUCUCUCAAGGUUCAUUACUUAUUAUGCAUAUGAGGAGUCAUAGAGGUGAGAAACCAUUUGAAUGUAAUGAAUGUGGGAAGGCAUUUUCUCAAAAAGCAUCUCUUACUGUCCAUGUGAAAGGUCAUUCAGGUGAGAAAUACAGUAAGUGUAAUGAAUGUGGGAAGGCCUUCUCUCGAGUUUCAGCCCUUGCUCUACAUUCGAGAACACAUACAGGUGAGAAGCCCUAUCAGUGUGAUGAGUGUGGGAAAGCUUUCAGACAGAACUCACACUUCAUUAGACAUCAACAAAUUCAUAGUCGGUAUAAACCUUUUGAAUGCUUUGAGUGUCAGAAAAUCUUCAGUAGAAAUUCACAUCUUCUAGCUCAUGUAAAAAUUCAUUCUUCAGCAAAACGCUAUGAAAGUGAAAAAGCCUUCAGUAAAAACUCAAAAUUUAUGAAACAAAUAGAUUCACACUGAGGGAAAAGACCAUCAGUGUUGUGAAAAGCCAGUACCCACAAAAAACUACAGCAAACAUUGUUCUUAACAAUGAAACUUAGAAGCAUGACCAUUAAUGUAAGGAAUAAGAUGUGAAUGCCUUCUGUUGCUACUAUUUGUUCAGUAGUAGUCACAGCCAACAACCUCUUCCAAGUAUUCACUGGAUGAGAAGGAGUAGGCAUCAUCUCAUUUCUACUAAUCGGAUGAUGAUCUAGAUGAACUAGUCAAUGAAACAAAUACGAGAAAAAUAAAUGCAUAAUAUAGAUUGAAAAUGAAA